AUGCCCGGGACACAGGGGAGUUCUGAGGCUGACAGCAAAGUCCUUGCAGCCAGUUUGCUGAGUGGGAGCAAAGCGCCGGAGAAAAGCAGCCGCUGCCGGGGUUUCGGCAUCACCGAGCUGCUGGGACUGGACAGCAGCAGCAGCAGCGAGGGCGGCCGCUCGGGAGGCCCAUCAGCCCAUCCCGCUGCUGCCCCCCAGCCGCCGAGGGAGCCGCCGCCGAUGCUCAGCGCCGGCCUUGGGUUGCUGUGCAGCGCCUUCCGGCCGCCCGGAUCCUCUCUCCUGGACACUCUGUCAGCUCUGCCCGGCCGAAUGCCGCUACUCCGGAGGGUCAGCCUGCUGGACAGGCUCCAGCCGCUUCACAACUCCGAUGAUGAGAACACAUCGUGUGAUCACAGCAACUUGAAGAACUCCGCAGCAUCGCAGGUGAAAAGGAAGAAGAGGCGGCACAGGACUGUGUUCACAACUCACCAGUUGGAGGAACUAGAGAAAUCUUUUAAUGAGGCUCAUUACCCAGAUGUAUAUGCAAGAGAAGUGUUAGCGAUGAAGACAGAGCUCGCUGAAGACCGAAUACAGGUGUGGUUUCAAAAUCGAAGAGCGAAAUGGAGGAAGCGGGAGAAAUGCUGGGGCAGGAGCAGUGUGAUGGCCGAGUAUGGACUGUACGGUGCCAUGGUCCGGCACUCCAUUCCCUUGCCCGAAUCCAUACUCAACUCUGGCAAAAAUGGUUUGGUAGGAUCUUGUGCCCCCUGGCUGCUUGGAAUGCACAAAAAAUCCGUUGACUCAACAUUGAAAACUAAAAGUGAAGCAACUGUCGGAGAUGAUUAUGUGGAGAGCAGAACACAGGCAUUGCCAAUUGAGGGUGGCGCAGACUGGAUGUCUGCAACCAACUGUGCCACUACAGCUGAAGAAGACGACAUGGCUUUAGACCUCUCCAGCACAGAAAAACCACUGAACAAGGAAAACACUUCAAAGCAAUGCAUUUCAAGGCGGUCCUACGUGGAGGUCAGACAGAGAGGACUGAAGAAAAAUUAAAAUACUCAGAAUGCUAUUGUGUGAACAAAUAAGAUUCAGGAUGGGGUACAGUCUUCCCACUGAUAAGCUGCACUCAUCCGAUUUUAAAACAGGUUCCUACAGCAAUGAAAAUACAUGAGUGGCCACAACAAAAGAGGAAGAUGACCAAUUUACCUCUGCUAAUGAGCUGCUAUUAGUUUGUGGGUUGUUAAUACAAUGACCGACAAAUAGCAUCAUGGUUUGCUCCUAAUAAAUGUAUGAAGUAAAGCAGGGUAUUCCAAUGGAGAUGUACACAGGAUUGAAAAUAUCAUGGAUAAACCUCCUCUUACUGACCAAUAACUCUAACUGGUGUGAAUGGAAAGAGGUGAUCCCAGUCCAUAUGGAAAUGUAUGACUUUCAAUGUGGAAAAUGUGAUUGUGAAUGUAACU